AUGGCAUCCUUCAACUUAUCAUAUCUGGACCCCGGAACAGUGACCCUGAUUGGCAUCCCUGGCCUAGAGCAUGUGCAGUUUUGGAUUGGGCUUUCCUUCUUUGCAGUGUGCCUGGUGGCUUUUCUGGGAAACAUCAUUUUACUGGUCAUCAUUCCCGCAGAACACAGCCUGCAUCAGCCUAUGUACGUCUUCCUGGCAGUGCUGGCUGCCACUGAUGUAGGGCUCUGUUUAGCCAUUGCGCCCAAGAUGUUGGCCAUCUUCUGGUUUGGCUCUCGUUCCAUGGCCUUUGAUGCCUGUCUAGCCCAGCUCUUCUUCAUCCACGCCUUGCAGGGCAUGGAAUCUGGUAUCCUGUUGGCCAUGGCCUUUGACCGCUAUGUUGCCAUCUGUGACCCGCUGAGGCACACAUCUAUCCUUACACCUUCCAUCCUGGUUUGGAUGUUGUUGGUGGUGGCCACUCGAGCAAUAGUGCUUGUCGGCCUAUUACCCAUUCUAAUCAAAAGAUUUCAUCUUUUCCAAUCCACUGUUAUUGCCCAUACUUACUGUGAGCACAUGGCUGUGGUCAAGCUGGCUGCAGAAGACAUUCGUGUGAAUAAAAUAUGUGGCCUCUUUGUUGGUUUUACAAUUCUGGGAUUUGACAUGAUUUUUAUUCUCAUAUCCUACAUCCUGAUUUUCCAGGCUGUUUUUCAUCUAAACCAAAAGGAAGCACAACUCAAAGCUUUUAACACAUGCACAGCUCAUAUUUUUGUCUUCCUUGAGUUUUAUAUUCUUGCUUUCUUCUCGUUUUUCAGCCACCGUUUUGGACAUGUUGCCCCCUCUACCCACAUUUUUUUGUCUACCAUCUACCUGCUUGUACCACCUGCACUCAACCCUAUUGUCUAUGGUGUAAAAAAUAAAGUAAUCUUCGAGCGGGUGGCACAGAUUUUUCUUCUGAAUUGUAAGUUCCAGUAAUCUAUCAAACGUUUGCGGUCAUGGGGAAGAUAGCUUACUUCCUAAGGAUGGAGAUUGAUUAGACUCUAUGCUUAUUACUGGGGGCUCCCAAUCACUAUACUCAAUCCAAGAGGCAUUUAUUUCACAACUUUAUUUAGGAUGAUAUAAACUGUAUUUAGA